AUGUGGCUGAGGGUUUACUCUGAUUCUGGUGUGCUGUGGUGUUCAUAUGAGGAGACAAUGGCCUUGAUGAACAGUCCACGCUGUUCCAUGCCAGACCAAGAGGACUCAUCCAAAUCACUGGACAACAAAGAGAGGAGAACCAAGAGAAGGAGAAGGACUAUUUCCAUUUGGACACGCAAGUACAUUAACUCGAGGUUGCAUUCGUAUCCUUCCGCCUCUCAUCUGUCCUAGCAUAGAAGACGUCGCUCACUUGUCAUCUAUGCCUUAAGAGUAUGGGCAGAACCGACAACUCUGGAGUUCCACGAGGUGAGGAGUCCACAUGCAGCUGACCUGCAGGUAGAUUUCCUCCAUGGUUACCACGGUGAUGGCCAUCCCUUCGAUGGGGCAGGUGGUGCAGUCGGCCAUGCUUUUUCCCCAUCAGACCCUACUCGGGCAGGAGGAGUUCAUUUGGAAGCAGAAGAGGUGUGGGCCUUCAGACAACUAGGUAGAGUGAGGCUCAAGGAAUCUGUGAAGGAGGUAGAUAACCCCAUCGUCCACACCAAAUAUGUGAACUGUAAGGGGUCCAGCUCAGUGCUCACCAGUGGGCGUAGCUCCUCCUUAGAUCGAUGUAACACCAGUUUUGACGUUGUGGCAAGGAUACGAGGAGAGAUUUUCUUAUUCAAAGGUCUGACCAUGUGGCGAGUCAGUGGUGCAGGUCUGGUGUCGGGUUGCGGGGCUUCAAUCAGGAAGAUGUGGAGGGAUCUACCUCCUGACUUGCCUCGUCUUCAUGCUGUGCUGGAGAGACAGUCAGAUCAUGCUAUUAUCUUUAUCAGUGGUAAAUUCCAACAAUAUACAUUUAAUAUUUAA